AUGCGACGCCACCGCCCGCUCGCAGCUGCCAGCCUCCUCAUCACUGCAUGCGAGUCUCGCUUUCUGCCAUUGUUCUCGCUUGCCGCUGUUUUUGUUCCCGACCAGCGCAGCGAGGCGCUCCACGCUUGGACCCUCGAGUCGGCAGACAUCGCGCUCGGCACUGAGACGUGGAAUGCCAAGGUCUCAUCGAAUGCAACUUCGCUCGGUCCUGCUGUAGCACGGAUGGAAGCGGCCGUAGCACAAGUGCCUCUAGAUCCCAAGACUCGUAUAAAGAGCCCCACCACCCUCGCACUUCUUGUCAUCCCGCUUGUCAUCCCUUCCUCUCCUCCAACACUCCUCACUUUCUUCUUGGGAGUUGAAGUCGCCACGAUGGACGCCACAGCGCUGCUCGAUCUUCCCGCGGUGGUGCCUUCACUGCUUCGGCCCAUCACGGCCGCCUCCAUGACCUUUCUGCAUCGCAACCAGACCGAGGACCAGCUGCUCGUUGCCCUCGCGCACGCCAUCUACCAACCGCUCCCCUCCAACCUGCGCAUCUACGUGCUCGCCGCCGAAUUCGUCGUGCUCUUCAUCGUGCUCGUGUGCGCCGUGAUGAUGUUCGAGAAACGCAGCUUUGGCGGUCUGUGGAUCUUUAUCGCGCGGCCCACCAGCUUCGGCACGGUGUACGUCGCCAACGCCGUGUUUCUGCUCGUCGCUGCGGUGGUGGUGUACAUGUUGGCAUAUCAGGGCAUCGCUCUCACCGUCGCUGCGUUCAUCAUGGCGCAGCGAAGCACGCUCGAGUAUUGGUGGGUGAUUCCGCUGCCCUGGUACCCGCUCGUAGCGGGCGGCUGGACCAGCAUCCACGGCUUCGUGCUCGGCGUUAGCCCCAAGUCGCCGUUCUCGUCGCAUCAGUCCACCAAGGCAGGCUGGUGGUAUCUGCCGGUUCCCAAACAAGCCUGGAUCGUCAACUCGCUCCUCGUCGUCCCCCUGGCUGCGUUUUCAGUGACAACGCUCACGUUCGUCGGUUUGGGAGCUGCACAGUGUUUCCGCGCCAAACACCUUGCUCAGGACAUCCUUCCUGCUGCACUGCACAGCCAGCUGAAAAAGGCGGCAUUCGACCCCAUUCACUUUGCGCACAGCAACGCUCUUGCAUCCGACGACCUCAUUUGGAAGGCGCGCACGGUGGCUGCGGCGUACUUCAACAGCUACCGCUAUAGCUGCCUCAACCUCGCCGUCUUUGCCGGUUUCGCCGUACUCAUCUUCAUCCCUGUGCUGGUCUACGGCCUGCCUAACCUCGUCAGCCUCGUCGACAAUGCCUGUCGUCGCUCCUCGACCCCGCUUCCCACGGGUUGCAAAACCUACUUUUCCAAAGUCUGGUUCUUGCUCACCAAGGGUAAGCCGGGAUAUGCAUCCAACAUGAACACGUGGAAGAUGACCUUCCUGGCGCACAUCUAUGUGAUUCUGCUCGCCAUCUGCGUGCCCGCCUACGGUGCUUUGCCCAUCUACUUUAUCGCGGCCAGCUUUGGCAACGUGCACAAGGGGAAUGUGAUGCAGCAGAUCAAGGCGCUCGAGUUCGCUGCCAGCAUCUUGACCGUGCUGUCAGGCACCAUCUUUGCCGCAUUCUGCACCGCCGCCACCAUCGACCCGCUCUUCAGGGCCGCGAUUGGUCUGAGCAUCACGAGGGCAAGAAGCGCCAGCACCGAUGGGGAAAUCAACAUCACCGUCGUCCAGUACCAAACGAGGCAGAGAGCGAGCACUGCACAGUCGAUCGUGGAUAAGGAUCUGGAGGCAACGUGCGCUAGCCCCCACUCUACCAACGGCUCGUUUCAAAGCUUGCAGGCCAAGUCGGACGCGUCGUUGGCUGCAAGCACCGCGGCAUUGAUCACGCCCGUCAUCGAGGUGGAUCUGCGCCAUUCUCAACGCUAG